CGCCCCGCGCCAGUCCCCCGGGCUUCCCGCACUCCCUUGGCGCUGCGUGGUCCUGCGCUCCGAGCUCCUUGCGGUUGGCGGCUUAGGCAGCGCGGUUUCUUACUCAGAGACCUUCUUUGGGCCCGAGGUGCUUUUCCACAUGACUGUUGACAGUCCAGGUGGGGUCGAUGCUGGAGAAGGUACUUGGGAGAAUGGACGAGACCUGUGAAAUGAAAUACAAAGUAAUGGACAGCCCUCUGGGGAAGAUGGAGAUCUCUGGUUGUGAGCAGGGUCUGCAUGGGAUAAAGCUGCAUGGCGGGAAGACCCCAGACACUGGGCCGGCGGAGGCCGCCACUCCCGCUGAGCAGCUCGGAGGUCCCGGGGCGGUGCCGGAGCCCCUGCUGCAGUGCGCGGCCUGGCUGGAUGCCUAUUUCCGCGAGCCCGCGGCCCUCAAGGGGCUCCCCGUGCCCGCGCUGCACCACCCCGUCUUCCAGAAAGAGUCAUUCACCAGACAGGUGUUAUGGAAGCUGCUGAAGCUUGUGAAAUUCGGAGAAACGGUUUCUUACCAGCAAUUAGCAGCCCUGGCGGGCAACCCCAGAGCAGCGCGGGCCGUGGGAGGAGCCAUGAGGAGCAACCCUAUCCCCAUCCUCAUCCCGUGCCAUCGAGUGGUCUGCAGCAGCGGGGCCAUGGGCAACUACUCUGGAGGCGUGGGCGUGAAGGAGUGGCUGCUGGCCCACGAGGGCAGUCCCGCGGGAAAAGCGGCCCGUGGAGGGGGUUCCCGUGCCGCCGGAUCCUGGCGCGGGGCCCUGGGUGGCACCGCCAGCUCCCAGCCCACUGGCCGAGACUGAGUGUGCAGUGAGCAGCUUGCUGGGCGUGGGGUGUGUGCUGGGAGGGUGGCGGG